AUGCCAGGAGCGCGGGUGGGGGCAUCGAGGACGUCAGCAGCAGCAGCAGCAGCAGCAGCAACAGGAGCAGCAGCAACAGGAGCAGCAGCAGCAGCAGCAGCAGAUGUGCCGCCUUCAGCUGCGAAGGUGAGGAGGGUGGGGGGGGGCUCUUUGGAUGUUAUAGAGCUGUCCUUCUCCUCCCUCGACUCCACGCAGAAGUGGGCAGAACGGCAUCUAGACGAGCUCGUGUAUGCACACCUGCAGCAGCAGCAGCAGCAGCAGCAGCAGCAGAAGCAGCAGGAGCGGCAGGGGGGGUGCUGCCUGUGCAUAACUGCAGCGCAGCAAACCGCAGGUGUGGGUACUCGGAGAGGAGAUACAGGAGAAGAGCGUCGUUGGGUUUCUGCUGCAGGCAACUUGCAUGCAACAUAUUUGCUGCCUUGGCGGCAGCAGCAGCAGCAGUUGCUGCUGCAUCUACCUUUUGUUGCUGCUCUGUCUGUACAGCGCGUGCUGCAGCAGCUAGGCGUUCAAUACCCACAGAUCAAAUGGGUCAAUGAUGUUCUCGUUCACAACAAAAAAAUUGCGGGUGUUCUCUGCCAGAACACCAACCGCACCCUUGCUGCUGCUGCUGCUGCUGCUGCAGCUGCUGCUGCAGGGCAAAGGACUCCUGCAGCAGCAGCAACAACACCAACAGCAUCUGAUGAUGUUGUUGUUUUGAUGGGGAUCGGCCUCAAUCUUAUUUCUCAUCCUUGGGGGCAGCUGAGUGACUGCUGCUAUCAAGGCAGCACAGAUGUGCGUGAGGUGCUGCAACAGCAGCAACAGCAGCAGCAACAGCAACAGCAACAACAGCAAAAGCAGCAGCUAAAACAACUGCUGCUGCAUCAGUACAACGACCUCGCCAUGUGGCCGCCUCCCUCUUCUCUUUUGCUCGCCUCCAGCAGCAGCCAGAGCAGCAGCAGCAGCAGCAACAGCAGCAGCAACAGUGACAGUACCAUGAACACUCAUGUGGCCGCCUCCCUCUUCUCUUUUGCUCGCCUCCAGCAGCAGCCAGAGCAGCAGCAGCAGCAGCAGCAGCAGCAGCAAAAGUAA